AUGGAGAAAGAUGUGAAGCCCAAGCUGCAAUGGUUGGUGUCUCUUGGUUUUGAACCUAGCGAUUUGGGCGAUUAUCUGACACGCAAUCCUUUUUUUCUUCUCCAGGACUUGAGCGACAUGCAGCGCCUGGUAAAUUUAUUCAAUAAAGAAUUUGAGUUUACUCCGAAGGAAAUCAAACAAAUAAUCUUAUCCGAUCCAAGAGUGUUCAUGAUGGAUGCGAAAUUUGUCACUGCCAAUUAUAAUUACGUUCAUAAAGUCAUGCGUCUACCUAAUUCUGUGAUUGUCAAGCAUCCGUUCAUUCUUCGUUGUUCGCACAGCAGCAUUCGAAAUAGGCACGAGUUUCUCAAAAAGCUUGGAAGAGCGAUUUAUGAAGGUGCCAUUGCUGAUCAAAAUGCUACUGAUGCUCAGGAUGAAAAUCAAGUCCAACCUGUGUCGCUGGACGCCUUUCUUGAUCCAAGCGAUGCAGUCUUUGCGAGAAGAGCUGCCAACACUUACUUGGUAGUUUACAACAACUUCCUUCGUAACCAUUAG